UUUUUUUUUUUUCCUCCCUUUCUUUCUUCUUUUCGAUUUUGAAUAUCUGCUCUCUACAUUAUCUAUGACCUUCACUCUGUCUACUAUACGUCGUGUUGCAGUUAUUGGUGCUGGACCAGGUGGUUUGAUAGCAGCCAAACAAUUAAAAGAAGAAGGUGUCUUUGACAAGAUUACUGUAUUCGAACGGAAUGAUCAAGUGGGUGGUACUUGGAUAUAUUCUUCAGAAACGAACAACAAUCCACCUCUUCCUUCUGUCAAUGCUUUACAAGUAGAUCCUCCUGUUUUGGAUAAUAACAAGGUGCCUAAGUUUUGUCCAUUAAAGUCAGCUGUCUAUGCCGGUCUUCAUACCAAUCUACCCACCAGUGUCAUGAAAUACCGAGACUUUGAUUUUGAUGCCAAUGUACCAUUGUUUCCUUCUCAUGGUCAUGUCUUACAUUACCUACAACAAUUUACACAAGCUCAUGAUUUACAACCAUUGAUUCAAUUCAACACAAGUGUGGUCAAGGCCGACUAUGACGACAAGCUGAACGAAUGGACUUUGACUCUUCAAACCAAACAAGAUGGACUCUACACUGAUACUUUUGAUGCUGUCAUUGUUGCCACAGGUCAUUAUGCUAUUCCUUAUAUCCCUGACUUUGAUGGUAUAGACUCCUUGGACAUAAACGGUAUUUCAUGGAUGCAUUCUAGGGAUUAUCGUUUGCCUGAUACAUUCAAAGAUAAGACUGUCCUUGUGAUUGGUAGUGGUAGUUCUGGUCUGGACAUUGUACGAGAAACAUCACAAGUAGCAAAGAAGGUGUAUCAUUGUGUACGAAGUGAUAACAAGCAAUCAAUCCAAGCGCAUGCACAAGAUGCCAGCAAUGUGGAACGGGUUGGAUUAGUGAACCGAAUUUUAAAAGAUGGACGUAUAGAAUGCAAUAGUCAAAAUACAACCACAUCGUCAUUAUCAGUAUUAUCGGUGGAUCAUAUCGUAUUUGCUACUGGUUACCUUUACAGCUUUCCAUUUUUCCCAUUUGAACAAGACAAUCUCAUCAAGGAUGGACAGAGUGUUGAUCAUCUACAUGAAUAUCUUUUUUAUAUCAAGAAUCCCACUUUAGCUUUUCUUGGGUUGCCAAUUCGUAUUGUGCCUAUGCCUCUUUUACAAACACAGGCUGUUCUGGUUGCUCGUUGUUGGAAUCCACACUCCUCUGUCUCGGUGCCUAGUCAACACGUCAUGCAAACGACCUACGAUCAAUUGUAUGGGGACGGCACAAUACAUCGUUCCUUCGUCAUGAAUACACAGACUGAAUUUGCCUAUGUGGAUCGACUGGCCGCAUGGGCUGAAGGUUACCCUCCAUCUCUAUCGACCGAUCAUCUCCUUCAUUGGCAUGCCAACUCAACUGAUCCCAUUACGCGUCCUUUGUCUGAAGAAUGGAAACAAUUACGUAUAGAUGCUUUGGUGCUUCGGAAACAAUACUUGGGUUAUUAAUUUAGAAAUGGAAUAUGAAUAGAUUUUUU